CAGUUGCGUGAUCGUAUGUAUCAUCAUCAUCUUCAUUCUUGUUUCCAGCCAUUGGUUUCUAAUCUCUCUCUGCGCUCUCUCUCUCUCUCUCUCUCUCUCUCUCUGGCAAGCUAACAACUGUUCUCACUCAAAAAAAACAAAACAAAUCAAAACCCCUUUAAUACAAAACAAAUGAUCACUCUCCUCACCUUCAGAGCCUUCCCCUCAUGCAUCUCCCACCCCUUUCCUUCUCCCAAUAAAUCACUCCCUCCUUAUAUUCCCCAUUCAUUUUUCAUUUCAUUUAAUUAUAAACAUAUCUUCAAUUUUGGUAUUUCUAAUAAGCUUGCCAGAGCAACUCACAGCUCCUCCGCAGCAGAGUCUGCACUGGAUCAUGAUGCUGAAUUCAUCACCCGUGUUUCGGCGUGCAAAGAUUCUAAUGAAGCACUUGAGCUGAUUGCUGAAAUGACUGAGAGAAGUAGCGGAGUUGUGUCUGUUGAAGAUUGUUGUUCAAUUAUGUCUGCUGCUCUUGAUUGCGGUAAUGCUGAGCUGGCAUUGUCUGUUUUCUCCGCCAUGCGUUCUACUUUCGAUCAGGGUGUUGGAGAUAAAGGUCUAUCUGUUGAGAGAUGGAGGUGGUCAAGGCCAGAUGUAAAAAUUUACACAUUGUUGAUAUGUGGGCUUGCAGCUUCUCUUAGGGUUUCGGAUGCUCUUAGGGUGAUUGCAAAUGUCUGUCGGGUGGGAGUGUCCCCCGGUGAGGAGGUCCCUUUUGGCAAAAUAGUUAGGUGUCCCAGUUGUAUGCUUGCUGUUGCGGUUGCGCAGCCACAAGAUGGUAUUCAGGCUGUUUCUUGCUCUAAAUGCCGCUACCAAUAUGAGCUUGUUUCAGGGGACAUAAUCCGUAUCGAGUCGGAAGAAAUCAGCAUGAAUGUCCCUGCUUGGAAAAGGGGACUGCAAUUCCUGAAUAUAAUAAAGGAAGGCAUCCCUGCUGCUGUUCACUCUGUUGUGGUGCAAACUCCAUCUGGUAUUGCCCGAACACACAGGUUUGCUACUGCAACUGUUGAUCUUCCUGCACAGGAAGGAGAAAGAGUUAGUAUUGCUGUAGCUGCUCCAUCAAAUUGUUAUAGAGAGGUGGGUCCCCUAAAGCUUAGUGCAAAACCUCCCACCUUUUAUGCGGGAGAACCUAUGUGCCUGACUAACCACAGAGAUGGUCGAGAAUCUCCUUUAUUAAGGGCCCCAAGAAAAGAGGGAUCUAUAUCAUUGAUUAACCCAUCUACCAUUUUUCCACUUCUUGCUGUAUUGAGCUUCGGAGAUGCUGCAUCUGGCAUUAUAGAUCCCAGCUUGCCAAAUUUAAUUUCAGGUGCUGCAGUUUCAGCUCUUGCCAUUGGAGCAACAUUGAACAAUCUAGUUCUCCCGGAAUUAAGUCGUAUUCCACAGAGAACCGUGGAUGUCAUUGCUAUAAGGCAGAAACUUCUAGCUCAGUAUGAUGUACUUCAGACUCGUAUAAAGGAUUUAAAAGAAGCUUCUGAAAAUGAGGUGUGGAUGCUAGCUCGUAUGUGCCAAUUGGAAAACAAAAUAUUUGCUGUGGGAGAAACUUCUUAUAGUGCUCGGCAAGCCAGAGUCAAAAGGGUGCGUGAAGGCUUGAAAAGUUCUUUAAAGUCACGGAUUGAACUCAUUGAAAGCUAUGCAAAAAUAUCUUCAAUGAUCGAAAUUGAAGUAGAGAUGGACACAGAUGUUCUUGCUGCUGAAGCAGCUAGCAAUGCGGAACGAAUCGCUCAACAGAUCGAGCAAAUUAUGGAGCUCGAAAAUCUUGAAGAGAGAUGGAAACAACAGGCUGAGGCAAAUGACGAGGUGGAAAAACUCCUUAGCUCUCCAAACAUACAUGCAGAACGGAUUACCAAAUGAUAGCUGAUGACUAUUCUUUGAAAACUGUUCUUAAAUGAGCACCAGAGUGUGACAACUGUUGGGAAAAAAAUAUACAGGCACAGGCACAAGUGUAUAGAGAAGAACUCGGAUUGGCCAGAGAAAUGACAUAGUUGUAAAUUAGGUGCAUGAAUGUGUGUUACCUCAGGAUUAUAGCAUUUCAGUAAGAAACAUUAGAAUCUUACUUGAAUCUUGUUAUAAACUUUAACGAAACGUGUAUAUAUACUAACUAGAACAAGAGAUAAUAAUUUGAUAGUAUUUCUUCUUUUUAUCUA